AUCAGCACUGUGGGCAAACCGCACUGAGCUAUCCUUCUGCCCUCCGCUCUUACCCGGGCUUCGCGCCCGCCCGGGUGGGCCUAACACUUAUUCCUAUCCUUCACCGCGGCCAACCUCGCUGUCUUUCUGACCCUUCCGACGUUGGGGGUCGCGCAGGGAGGGACAUGAGUGACCGGAAGUGGGAGCCAUGAGCAUCUCCUCCUGGAGCUCAGAUGCUGGAGUCGCUGGCUGGACCACCGCGACGCACGCAUGGAGAGCACUGGGCGUCGAGCUGCGCACCGACAGCUAACCUGGGCACCCGGGCUCUGUGGGGCGGGGUCUUUGCAGAACCUACCGCCCUCCAGGGGCGCGGGAACAUGACUCUAGAUCAGGAGCCCGCUGUGGGCAAGGCGCCCGGCACCUGGGCCUGCCCUACUGGCUGGUGAAUCCCUGGAGCCCGGAGACUGGUAACUGGCGCAAGCGGACGUGUGCGCACACGCGGGGCCUCCGCUGACACGUGGCUGGGAGCAAGGGAGUCGCUGCGCGCGCGAAGCGCCAUAGUAUAGGCCCUCGGCCCAAGCGACCCUCCGCCUUCCCUCCAAGUGUGAUGAAGGCUGGUGCUAUCACGGGAUGCGCCUUGCGGCCCCACUCUCCUCCCUAUUACUCAGAGCAGCCAGGGAGGGGCCUGCGCGCAUCUGUCAUCUUGGGACAGACUGAUCUACCUUGAGUCCCUGCUCUCUGUCAGCAUAGUGGCCUCUCCCUGCAGCCGGUGUCAGUGGCAGCAUGGUCUUCUGUUUGGAAAACGAGAUGCCACACCGCCUGCUGCGAAGCACCGUGGUCCACUUCCAAGCCUCCGAAGUCCAGCAGCUGCUGCACAACAAGUUCGUGGUCAUUUUGGGGGACUCCAUCCAGAGAGCUGUGUAUAAGGACCUGGUGCUUCUGCUCCAGAAAGACACACUGCUCACAGCUUCCCAGUUAAAAGCCAAGGGGGAGCUGAGCUUUGAACAGGAUCAGCUGGUGGCCGGGGGCCAGCUGGGCGAGCUGCACAAUGGGACACAGUACCGAGAGGUCCGCCAGUUCUGCUCUGGCUCUGGCCACCACCUUGUGCGCUUCUACUUCCUCACCCGUGUUUACUCCGAGUACCUUGAGGACGUCUUGGAGGAGCUGUCAUAUGGACCUGCCCCUGACCUCGUGAUCAUCAACUCCUGCCUCUGGGAUCUCUCCAGAUAUGGCCGCUGCCCAAUGGAGAGCUACAGACAGAACUUGGAACGAGUGUUUGUACGAAUGGACCAGGUUUUGCCAGACUCUUGUCUCCUGGUGUGGAACAUGGCAAUGCCUUUGGGGGAACGUGUCACUGGGGGUUUCCUCCUGCCAGAGCUGCAGCCCCUGGCAGUCUCUCUGCGACAGGAUGUUGUUGAGGGGAACUUCUACAGUGCUACACUAGCUGGGAACCACUGUUUCGACGUCCUAGAUCUCCACUUUCAUUUCCGGCAUGCUGUACAUCAUCGUCAUCGAGAUGGUGUCCACUGGGACCAGCACGCACACCGCCACCUCUCACACUUACUUCUGAGCCAUGUGGCUGAUGCCUGGGGUGUGGAGCUACCCAAACAUGACCCUCUCCCAGACACAUGGAUUGAGGACUGGCCAGAGAUGGAUCAUCCAUCCCAGGGAAGCCAUAAGCAGCCCCCAGACUUCAGGGAGAAGCUGGCCUUGCCCCUCCUCCCACCUUUCCAUUUGCCUCGUCCCAUGUCUUUUCCUUAUCCACGUCUUCAGCCCUCACCACCUCCCUUGUUCCCACCCCUGCACCAGGAUGCCCCCUUUUCCCAAGGCCAGCCCUUUCGACGCUAUGAAUUCUUCAAACACAAUGCAAUGGAGGACUUCUCGGUGUCACCUAACUUAGCUCUCUGGGAAACUUGCUUGAGUGUGAGGCUUCUGGUGGAAGCCCAGAAGCCCUCUACCUUUUCAGAUAUUGGUCUGCAACUCAAGGAAGCUCUGCGUCUGCUGUCUUCAGAUGUGCAUUGACCCUGUGUUCAGAAAGUCUUGUGCCUUAAAGCAAUCCUGUUUAGCUUCUGUUGUCAACGUGAUACAUCAGAGGGGAAAACCUCAACUGAGGAACUGCAGAGAUGAGACUGGCCUCUGGGGGAUUGUCUGGAUCGUUCAUAGAUGUAUGAGGGCCCAGCCCACUGUGGGUGGCACCAUCCCUGGACAUUCCCUGGACAGCUGGUCCCGGGCUGUAUAAGAAAGCUAGCUAAGAAUGGACCCAAAAACUAACCAGCAGGGUUUUCCUUCUGUUUCUAUUUCAAGUUCCUGCUUGAGUUUUGCCUUGACUGCCCUGGAUGAGCCUACAAACAAAAAUAAAUCCUUUCUUUCUCUAA